AUGGAUCACUACAAAGUUCUAGGGUUAGAAAAAACAGCAACCAAAGAAGAAAUCAAAGCUGCAUUCAAGAAACUCGCGCUUCAAUGUCAUCCAGAUAAGCAUUCUCAGUCACUGAAAUACGUUCAACACAACGCCAAACUUCGAUUCAAACAGGUUUCUGAAGCAUAUGAAGUUCUUAUGGAUGAUCGCAAACGCGCCAAAUAUAAUUACCAGUCGCAUGCUGGUGGUGGAGGCCUGUGUCGGUACCAGUGCACUGAGUAUUAUUCAAAGUAUGGAUAUGGUAAAAGUGGGAGUGGUUAUGGAGAUAAAACUAGGUCUAGUGGGUUGAAUGGUGGUGGUGGCGGCGGUGGAGGUGGUUUUGGGGAUAAAUUUGGAACUGCUAUUUGGAAUUUGACGACGAGGUCUUCUCUUCUUAAUCUUGGAUAUGCAGCGUAA